GCGCGCGGGGUUUUGCGCGGCGGCUGCAACGGUCGAUCGAGGACCAGACCGAGCCAGCUACGCCCGGGGCGCGGCGCCUCGCCUCUGGGGUGGCUUCAGCGCGCAGCGUCCCUUGAGGCGGCCGGGGCCCCGGACCGCCCGCCCGCCCGGACCGCCGCCGCCCGCGCCCCUCUGCCUCCGCGGCGGCGCCUCCGCCUCGCCAGCGCAGCGCCACCAUGGGCAGCCACAGCUCCAAGGCCGCCAAGGGGGACGUGAUAGCCCAGGACGCCGCCGGCGACGCUUCGCCCUCCAAGUCCAACGGCCAGGAAAACGGCCACGUGAAAAUCAACGGGGAUGUGUCCCCCAAAGCUGAUGGAGAGACGAGCUCCCUGAAUGGCAAUGGCUCAGCAGAGGCCGCCAAGGAGCCUGCCAAGGCAGAGACGGGCAGCGGGGACGCCAUCGAGCCUGCUCCGGUCGCCGAAGGUGAAGCCAAGCCUGAUGGGGAUGCCCCAGGUGCCGCUGCCAAGCAGACCCCCAAGAAAAAGAAGAGGUUCUCCUUCAAGAAGUCCUUCAAGCUGAGCAGCAUCUCUUUCCGGAAGGCCAAGAAGGAGGCCGGAGAUGCGUCGGCCACGUCCUCUCCCAGCGAGGAGCAGGGGAAGGCCAGGGCAGAAGCUGAGGAGGACCAGCUGUCGGCCGCAGUGGCCAGGGAGGAGGAGCAGGCUGGCGCGCCCCAAGAGGAGAAGGCGGCCACCGAGGACGCUGCGGCACCCAACAAUCAGCCGGAGCCGGCGGCCGAGCGGCAAGAUGGCAGCGACGGGCCAGGGAAGGAGGAGGAACAGCCCCAGCAGCCCCCCUGCGAGAGUCAGGGGGACGCAAAGCCGGACAAGACCUCAAACUCGGCAGAGGCUGAGCCCAGCGCUGAGGCUGCUGCUGAGCAGAAAGAAGACUAGGGCCGACUCCCACUGCCCGCCAGUCUGUCGGAAAGAGACUUGUCUGUGCCAUCCUUCCCACCCCAGCAACACCAUGGGACUUGCUGCCUUGAUCACACGCCACACAUGCCCACCAGGAACCCAGGCCUUCUGCGUAGAGCUGGCAAGCCUUUCACUCCACAACCUCCCCCCCCCCGGCUCACUCCUCCAACACAGUGAAGGAAAAGAGAAAAAACCUCCGGCUUGGAGCCCCGGAGGGCCCCGCUGCCACUCGAGUUCUCAAGCCCCUCUUGAAACUCUAUGGAGAGACACUGAUCCUGGACAGAUACUGGAACUCACUCUAUGUAAGGAGACUCCGGCUAUUAACACCAAGUUGUUUUUGCUCAGAUCUUCUGUUUCUACUAAUCUUCAAAAGCAGCUUUUUUUUCUUUCUUUCCAAAAAGUCCAACAAACCAGCAACUGAGCCGUUCUUCAAAACGGAUAUUCUGUCUCUUGGUUUACAUUCCUGGUUCUUUCUUCAUUUAAAAGUAUUUUGUGCUUUUUAUAGAAACAACAGUUUAAAAAGCUAAUCUGGUUAGUUUUUUAUAAUGUCUUGCUCUUGGCUUUAAACCAUAAAGCGUGUAAGUCCACUGUGUUUAAUUUGACAUCAGAGGGAGAACUACUUUGGGUUUAUUUAGGGGCGGGGGGGACCCUGGGGGGGGGCUGAGGGCUAGGGCUGGCUGUAUGAUGUGACUUUAAAUUUUUGUUUCCUUGUCUUUGUAAAUAAUUUUUUAAUGGCCCUACUUCUGAUCUGCAGUUUUCUAACUCCUAAACAAAAGUUGUAUGGGUCUUAUUGUAACAUUUGAAAGGAAUAAAUGGUGACCCCUUUA